AUGGAAAUCUUAAAAUAUAGUGAUGCUGCUCCAGAAAACGUUACAGUUUUAAAAAGAAGAUCUGAAUUUUUUGAUGAAAUAGAGCAAAAGGACGUUGUACUGGAUAUGUUAGAAAACAAACUGAAAGAAGCAAGAGACAAGAAAAAGAAAAAGACAGAGCAAAAUUUAAAAAAUAUAGCAUCUAAAAGAGGAUCUGACAUGCAUCCUUUGUCUACAAACUGUGGAUCAUUCCCGACGAAUGUAGAUCUGACAAUAAGGGCGAAGGGUAUAGCCGCUGUUGGAGAGUCGGACACGGCUCUGAGAUUCGGAGAAUUUGGCAAAAGUUUUCUAAAGUUGAACUCCACAGGAGUGGCCAACGUAGGCAGAGCAAACCUGCAAGUCAACACGAGCAAUGGAGCUCUAAACAUACCUUUAGAAGACCUAUUCAUUGGGCGAUCUCAAAUGGAUUGCAAAGAUACAGUUCCUACUCAUGAUUUAAGCAGUGCAGUUGAAAUAAAUGACACUUUAGAAACCAGAAGAAAAUACCCUGGUGAUAAUUCAUUAGUAGCUUCGGAUAUUGUAAAUAACAAUGCUACAAGUAAUGCUACUGAAGUUAAUAAUAACAGCAAAGUGACGCAUCCAAUUGAAGCUAAGAACGGAGUUGAUGAUGAUUUGAUAGAGGCUAAAACUACAACUGUUUCAACAUCUUCUUUUGCAACCUCAUCAAGUACCCAGAAUCCUAGUACUUCAAAACCAGCUUAG